UGCAAAUAAAGCAACGUCUAAGGCCACCGAUACUUGAAUAUGAUUCGACCGCUGAAACUACAUUCAGAUUGAAACUACACCAUCAUUUUCUUCAUCUUCUUUCCCUUCAGCCUUCUUCCUCAGUUAAAACCAACAUUCAGACUGAAUUCUAAUACUCUCUUCUCAAUCUACUAGCACCACUUUGCUUUGCUUGCAUCUCUCUCUGAUAAGUGCAAUCUUGCAUCCACCGAAUUGUGUCAUCUUCCACUGAGAUUACUUUCUCCAAAAAAAGGCUCGUCCUUGCACUCUCACUCAUGGCUUUCAUAAACCCAGUUGCAGAUUUUGUUACAAAAUACGUGUUUGACCCCUGUAUUGGGCAGAUCUGUUAUUUAGUGCGAUUGAGGAAGAAUAUUGAGAAACUGGAAAGCAAAACGAGAGAGCUAACAAGCAAAAAGAAUGACACAGAUAGUGCCCUAGCAACAGCAGCUAGGAGAGAGGGAAGAAUCCCCACAGAGCGAGCGAAAGAAUGGCUCGAUUCAGUCAGUGUAAUCGAAGCAGAAGCCGUUUGGAUUAAAGAUGAGUAUGAGCAAGGAAAGACAUGUCUAAGACGCCUGUGCCCCGAUUGUUGGUCUCGUUACAAACUCAGCAAGAGAGCUGUCAAUCUCGUGGAAGAUGUCGACUACAGGUUAGCAAUGGAGAUUGGUGCAUUGUCUACCUCUCCACCUCCAAAGCGUGCUGUACAGUUGGAAACCACGCCCAUCCCAAGUCAACGUACAGCUCGAAAAGCAUUACAAGAGGUUCUCGACUGCAUACAUGACGACCAAAUCGGGAUCAUCGGAGUGUACGGUAUGGGAGGAGUAGGAAAAACAACUAUUGCCAAAGAGGUAAACAAUCAAUUGCAGUCCAAUACUACUUUUGAUAUUGUGAUAUGGGUCACUGUGUCUAGCAAUCCAGAUCUUUCAGGCUUGCAGAAGAGGAUUGGAGAGCGAUUGGGUCUUCUGGAUUUGUCGAAUUGCAGUUAUGAGACGGCCCGGGAGAAUCUACUGACUAAGUUGAGAGGAAUGAAGUAUGUAGUGAUAUUGGAUGACAUUUGGAAACCUUUGUCACUCGAAGAUGUCGGAAUUCCUCGACCAACCAUUGAGAAUGUUGGGUGCAAGAUUCUCCUAACCAGUCGAAGCCGAGAAGUUUGCAGUGACAUGGAUGCCAAGCCGGCGAUCCUAGUAGCACCACUCUCGAAGGAGGAAGCAUGGGCUCUAUUUGUCGAGAAAUCAGGUUCACAUUCUACUUUGCCGAAAAUAAAACCAGUUGCCGAAGCUAUUGUUGAAUGUUGUGAUGGGUUGCCCCUAGCGAUUAUCACGGUCGCACGAGCCAUGGCAAACCAAUUGAGAAGUGGAGGAGUGGGAGGAUGCCCAACGGGAGUUGAAACAGUCGGGCACUGGUAUCUCUCUUCUUGUUCUGCGCUUUAUACCCUGAAGACUAUGUCAUGGGGGAAUAUGGAACUUGUAAAUUGGUGCAUUGGGGAAGGAUGGGUAGAUAGGGUAGGUGAUCUGAAAUCUGCCAUUAACAAGGUGUAUACUUUAGUUGGAAGGUUAAAACUAGCAUGCAUGCUCGAAACUGGAGAUGCAUAUGAAGGUUCGGACCUUUAUGAUAAAAUAAUGGUGAAGAUGCAUGACGUGGUGCGGCACAUGGCUCUAUGGGUCACUUCUACGAGGUCGAGGUCGAGGUCGAGGUCGAGUUCGAGGCAAGGUGCCAAAUUCUUAGCACUGCCUAGGGCUGGUCUGAGUGAGGCGCCAGAUGCUGCGACAUGGAGUGAGGCAGACAGAAUAGCCUUGAUUCAAAACCAUUUAAAGGCCCUUCCUCAGUUGCCUGAAUGCCCAAAACUGGUAACACUACUGCUUCAGGGAAAUCGGGAUCUAUCGUACAUCCCACCGGAGAAUUUCUUUGAACGCCUGCGUGCCCUCCGGGUGCUUGAUUUGAGUGAUACCAGUGUUUCAUCCCUCCCAUGUUCUAUUUCAAAGUUAGAGAACCUCCUUGUGCUCCGGUUACGCCGUUGCCCGAUACGAGAGUUACCUGCAACAUUCGGGGAGCUUCGGCGGCUUCAAUUGUUAGACUUGUCAGGGUGUCAUAUGAUUGAGGAGCUGCCUAUUGGGUUUGGGGGCAUGACUGAUCUAAGACGGCUACAUCUGUCCUGGAUCCCUAGUCUCACGAGAUUCCCACCUCGAGCAUUGUCUCGUUUAAGUAAUCUGGAGGAGUUGUACAUCCAAGAAUGUCGCCUCCUAUGGUGCAUUGAGAAGCCUGGAAAGGCAGGUGGGGCAAAUUUGUUGGAGUUAACUCGCUUGAGGCGCCUGAGAGUUAUCGACAACUUAACUGUUACAGGUGUAGUAAAUUGGAAUUGGCUUGAGGAGUUAACCAGGAGCAUCCGGGCAUUGAUAAUAAAGGAAUCUACUAUUACAGAUGAUGCCUUGAUCACACUGGAAAACUCCCCUGGCAUAAGGAUUUUGGUGUUUGAAGAAUGCCUGGGGCCGACACGUGCCCCCAACACCUUUGCAACCGUCCUUAAGAUAGUAGGUUGCAGGGAAGUGAAGUGUGUGAUGGUGGGGGAGGAGGCGGGAGACGGUGCAUUCCGAUGCUUGGAGAACUUGGCGCUUAGGCGCUUGGAUGGAGUGGAGAGCAUAUGCAUUGGGGUGCCUCCUCAGGGAUCCUUUGCCAGCCUAAAAGAACUGUUUUUAUGUUCAUGCUCAAGACUGCGGUCCGUCUUCACAACCGGCAUGCCCCAACUACUCACUAGUCUGGAAAGUGUGUUCAUCCAAGAAUGUGAUGAAAUGGAAAAAGUGAUAGAUGAUGAACAGGAGAUUGAAGAGGAUGCCUUCCCCGAUUUGAAAUGUGUGAGUCUUAGAUCGCUACCAAAAUUGGGAACCAUAUGCGGCCGCAUCUUGAAUUGGCCAUCCUUGUGCACAAUCAAUGUGGAGAAAUGUCCAAGUCUGACCAGCCUCCCUUUCGAUGCCCGCAGUGCACAAUGUCUAAAAUACAUAAGGGGAGAGAAGGAGUGGUGGGAGGGUUUGGAGUGGGCAGACCAAACCACCAAGUCCCAUCUCCAACGCUACUUCGGGAACCGUCUCCGACCCUACUUAAAACAUCAUCACACCUCAACCCAUUCAAUUUGACACCUAAUAGUUGUGAAAAAUAUAGAACCCAUUCAAUUUGACACCUAAUAGUUGUGGAAAAUAUAGAAACAUGUACUGAUGUUUAGGAACGAUAUUUUUUUUUUUCCAUUCUUGUUUCGAUUCUCUAAUCUGUCUGUUCUGAUAAUGUCUGUUCUGAAUACAUGUUGAUUUACUGUUAUGCGUGAUUGAUCAGUUUGAGA